AUGAUGGCCGGAUCGAAGCGAUGGUGGAUGAAGAAACACUUGCCGGACGUGAACCCCAUCGCUUUGACGCUAAAGAAGCUAUAUGCUGGUAUUGGUAUUCUAGCUGAUUUGGUCAGCCGCAAAGACGAUCAUAUCACACUGGAUACGAGCUGGCUCAUGUGGGAUGUGGUGACCGCGGUGCAAGAUGACCAAGGAUACAUCACUACCGAACGAUCGUCGGUCCGACUGUGA